AUGACAGAAGCUAAAAUAAAAGUUGUAGAGCAAACCGUUGAUAAUGUAAUUAAGUUCUUCCAAAACACAAUUAAAGUUAAAUCAGUUCAAAAUUCAAUCACAGUAACUAAUAUUCCAGAUUUAGGAAGUUUCCCCGAAAUGGUUUUCGACGAUACUGAUUUAGCUAUUGUUGCAUCAUCAGCAGCUUAUGGAGAAGGAAAUCCGAUUAUCGCAGCUGCAGGACCACGCUUUGUAUUAAAGCCAUCAUAUCGUCCGUAUAUUGGUGUAAUGUUCUUUAACCCCAGAUUUGUUCCAGAAAAACCUAGUAACAUUUCAGAUUUUGAUAACAAAUUCUUUUACAUUAUUGUUCAUGAGUUAUCACAUGCUCUUGGCUUCCUACAAGCAAUGUACCCUUACUUUCAUCCUUACGAAGAUGAAGAUAAUUAUUAUUCCACUUUAACUUGCUCAUUGCGCAAGUUCGGAAAGAAAUUUACAUUUUUGGUAACACCGUAUUCACAUCUUUAUGCGAAAAAGAGGUUCGGAGUUGACAAAUUUUAUGGAGAUAGCGGAAAAUCAUGUCCAGCAGGUAUUGAACUCGAAGAUCAAGGUGGUGAUGGAACAUCCAUGUCACAUUUAGAGAAAAGAACGUAUUUUACUGAUCUAAUGGUCGGAUCUUAUUCUGAAUCUAACACUCCUCACAUCAAAUUCUCUGAUGCAUUGAUGGCUGUACUCAUGGAUACCGGAAACUACAAAUUUAACUGGGUAAAUGCUCAACCUUUAGUCUUUGGGCACCAAGAAUCAUUAAAUUCGAAACCAAUGGAAGAAUUCGCCAUGGAACCACCGCAAAAGGUAUUCCCACAAGGUUACUUUUUCACCGAGAACAAUAGUGUUGGUUUUGAUUACAGAUCUUUUGAAGUUCAUCAAAUAUUUCUUAAAGACAAUGAAAAUACAUGUAAACAUGCCGGUUUUGAGCUCUAUUGUUCAGAUGCGAAGUAUAAAUUCUAUAAUCCCAACAAAGAACCACUAAUUGGAAUAGAUUAUCUUGCAGAUUUCCAAAAAAUCAUUGAUCCUGAGUAUUAUUGUGAAAACAAAAAAGUCAUCCUUCCUGGAUACUUAAAUGACAUGCCAAAAUCAGAUUACGCCGAAGGACAUUUCGAAAACUUAUGCGGAACAUUUAAAUGUAAUGGAUAUGAAAGUUUUGAGUUUAAUGUUGUUGAUGCCGAUAACAAAGAAAUUACUCAGAAAUGCACGAAAGAAAACAUCAAUUCUUCAUUUAUUUAUCCUGUUAAAUUCAUUUCUGAUAAAACUAAUAGAGUUUCUAAGAUAAAUUAUUGUCCUGAUCCUGAACAAUUUUGUAGAACAAUUAAAUUGAGUUUGAUGAAUUUCAACAAAGAUCCAUUAGAUGAAAAAACAAAAGUCCUUGAAGGAGAUCCACAAACUCCUCCUGAAUGGUCAUUGAAUUAUGAUGACUUAGAAAAAGAAAUCAAAGAAAAGAAGAUAAUUGGAAUUGUUGUUGUUGUUUCUGUAAUUGUUAUUAUUGCUUUGAUUAUUGCUUUGAUUUCAUAUUGCGUUUUCUGUAGAAAGUUACAUGUUAAAAACAAUCAGUCUGUAACCACAGAUAAUCUCAAUAAUCCGCAGGCUGAAUUAAAGCAAGAAUUGUUAUAA